GUACAUAUGGAGACCCCCUUUUUGAGAAAAAAUUAUCCCCUAUAGAAUUCAUCAAGGAAAUAAAACUCCAGCAUGAUGAGUUCAAUCAAAUCUUAAACAGAAAUAGCAUCACUAAAGAAGAAACAGAAAAUUUGAUAGAAUACAAAAAGUACCUAAAGGAAAGGUGCGGAUAUGACCUCGGGGAGUGGCUGAACAGUAAUACAAGUUCCCUCAAAGGGAUGGAAAUCAGCAGUAAAAAAGAAAGCCCAUCCAAAUCAACUAAUUUAGCUAACAAAGAUAUGAAUCCAGAAGUGGAAGACAAAAAAUCAGACAAGUUUCAAAAUACGGAAAUGAAAUAUCAACUUGGAUUUAAACAAGGACAUUCGAGUCAGAAACGGGAAUAUUUAAAUGACUGUACACAAAGACGUCCAGAUCUUAUAAUCUCCAAGGAGAAUUAUUUCCCUACUGGAGGUAUGGAUUUUGACAAAUAUACAAAUUAUAUGGUAGACUUUAUGAUCCUUGACAAAGCUAAGGAUGCUUUCAUGCAAAAGUUGGAUAAGUACGUCGAACAGCUGAGUAGGUGUGAUAGUAAGAGUGACGAGAAAGAGUGCAUCAGUCAAGUCACCACUGUCGUGGACGUACUAGAAAGGUUAAACAACUUAAGGAGAAAUAUUCACAUCGUGAUUUAG